UAUAUUAAAUUUUCAUUUAAGGAAGGUUUAGAUUCAAAUUUUAUCACAAACUUAUCUGAUACUAUUUCAAGACGAGCAUGGGAAAUAACACCUGCCAUGCUUUUGAAUCAUCCUGAUACGAAUACAAAGAAUAGUGGAGAUGUUAAUAAACCUCUCCCGCAAAUAAAGACAAGAACUGGCAUCAUAGGAAUUGAAAGAAGCCUUCAGGAACAACAAAAGGCGACUGAUGAAAGUAUAUCAAUGGCUUUCCAAGAUCUCAAGAAAUUGAUGGAAAUGGCCAAAGAUAUGGUUUCAAUUUCGAAAACUAUCUCAGCGAAAAUAAGGGAGAGACAAGGAGACAUCACAGAGGAUGAAACAGUUAGGUUUAAGUCUUAUUUAAUGAGCCUUGGCAUUGAUGAUCCUGUUACCAGAGAUGCAUACAAGAAUAGCAAUGAAUAUGUCAAACAAUUGGCAAGAGAACUUGCAAAUAUUUUAGAGGAACCAAUUAAAGAAGUUGGAGGGAUGAUGACACUGACAGAUGUCUAUUGUCGCGUAAAUAGAGCUAGAGGCUUGGAGCUUAUAUCUCCAGAAGAUUUGCUAAAUGCCAGUAGACAGUUAGCAUCUUUGGCUUUGCCUGUAGUAUUAAGAAUAUUUGAUAGCGGUGUUAUGGUUCUUCAAGCUCGAUCCCUUGAAGAUGAUAGUAUAGCUGGUGUCAUCGCUGAUCUCAUAAAAGAAAAGGGGUCUUUAACAGCCGAAGAACUUGCACAAUCUGGUGGUAUAUCAGUUCUUUUAGCACGUGAAAGAUUACUAGUUACAGAAAAAAAAGGGAAAGCAUGUCGAGACGAUACGAUUGAAGCUUUAAGAUUCUAUCCUAAUUUAUUUUUGGAGAAGGACGACUAACUGCCAACUUUUUUAUUGCCAUGUAGAUAUAAGAACAUAUAUUUUAAAUCAAAUGUAUUAUUUCAGUGAUAUAAAUGUAAUUUUUAAUUGUAAAA